AGACAUGUAUAAGAACUGACGAGCAUUUGCAUUAUACUAUCACGGACUCUUCACAAAGAUGCUGAUUAUUGCAUGCAUUCUUGUUGUCUUCUGGCAGCAAGAUAGUGUACACACAGAAGAUGUUUCAGUCCGAUCAUACAACUUUACCGGCAAAGACAUCCGAUUGGUUGGCGGUAAUAGUGAACUAGAAGGACGAGUAGAAAUUCUAAUUAAUGGUACCUGGGGAACUAUUUGUUAUGACGGCAACUUUGACAUCCGUGACGCAGAUGUCCUGUGUAGAAUGCUUCACUCGAAUCUGAGUGCCUUAGAAUACUACACGGGUAGUCGCUAUGGAUAUGGCAUUGGUUCCAUAUUUUACUCACAAAUUGCCUGCUGGGGAACAGAGCAAACAAUCCAUAUGUGCUCCAGCGACACGGGUGUAUUUUGUUCGCAUUUGUCGGAUGUUGGUCUGAUGUGUACAGGUUGUCCACGAACGGCAGUACAUACAUAUGGACAAUUUGAGCAUGUCAACAUUACCACCAAUGGUGAUCUAUACACAGGCAACUGCAGCAACGGGACAUCCACAUUUCAGUUCAUGUAUCGAUGUGGACUCAAUGGCAGUUGGGAAGAAUACGGCCAAAAAUGCGGACCAAUAGAUGUGAGAGACGUUCGAUUUGUUGGUGGAGUCGGCCCGUAUGAUGGAGGUGUGGAAGUGCUUGUCGGUGAUACUUGGGGUCCAGUGUGUGGUUACUCGUACGAAAACGGUCGCAGUUAUUACUCUUUCGCUGCUGUGUUUUGUACAAUGAAAGGACUGAAAUAUGUUACACAUCGAACCACGUGGAGACAAAACACCACUAACGGAUUUAUCGGUCACGUACAAUGUCCUUCGAAUGCCGAUCAUGUGAACUCUUGCAACUACACUACUGUCUACUUAUGUACUUAUCAAUUAAGCGUUGCGUGUGAAGGUAUCGGUUUUUGUGCCUCUUUGUUCAACGUUGACUAUGCAUACAGCGUUCGCUAUCCUAUGAUACGCGAUUUACAAUGCUCCGGUCAAGAAAGUCACAUAAACAACUGCACCUACACAACUCCACAUUCUUUUACCAACUACGAAAAAGGAGCUGUCACACUAUUGUGUACAGAAUGUGGUCGCGUGAACGUAUUUGGAGUUAUGGAGAUAUAUAUUCACACCAUCAAAACGUUAACAGUUCGAUGUCAUAAUAACAGGUCGAGGCUUGCCCAAUACACCUGUGAAAACAAUGGAUCUUGGAGUCAUAUCGAAGAGUGCAGACCUGUGGUAAUCCAAGACAUACGCCUAGUUAACCCGAACCAAUUACAUCUUUAUCGGGGUUAUUUGGAAUUGAAAAUCAACGACGUAUGGGGAACCAUUUGUAAAGACACGUUGUUUGGAGCGGAAGAAGAAACUGUUGUAUGCAGAAUGAUAACUGCUAGAAACGAGUCAAUUGCUGUUUCCGGAGGAAGAUCGGGCAAUGUACAUAUUACCAAUUUGAUUUGCUCAGGAUCUGAAAAGGACGUGAGUGAGUGUUUAUAUCGGUCAGAAAGUUGCAUAUAUCCUUAUUCGGAUGCUUUUGUUCACUGUGAAGGUAGACCACUAGUCAUUCAGGAAAUAAGACUCGUAAAUGGAAGUAGCAACAAUGACGGACGAGUUGAGAUAAAAGUGCUUGACACUUGGGGUACAGUAUGCGAUGACGAUUUUGGAAUUGAGGAUGCACUUGUUAUUUGCAAAAUGAUGGGCUUUCCUUUUGCUGUGGGAUUUCAUACAUCAUAUCACGCGGGAACCGGACCGAUCUUUGUUGAUGACAUGGCAUGUGGUGCCAACAGUUCUCACAUCAAUGAUUGUUUCUAUGUAACCAAGCACAAUUGUGGUCAUCACGAGGACACAUCCGUUACAUGUUCAGAAUGUCCCGUUUUGACUGUAUCGGGUGGUUCGCUGACAUACAACUCUAACGGAACAAUAGCAACACUGAUUUGUGACGUUGGUAAAUCAAUUUUAAACGCCAGCACAUUCUUUUGCAAGGACAGACAGUGGUCGUCGCAAAAUGCAAAUUGCCUUACCAACCCACGACUGAAUAUAACGGAUGUUCGCCUUGUUGACGGACCUAGUUCUAACGUAGGCCGUGUGGAAAUAGCUUUGGGCGGAGUUUAUGGAAAAAUAUGUGACGUGUAUUUUGACUACGUCGAUGCUGAUGUAAUAUGUAAAUCAUUAAACUCAAGUUACAGAGCGGCGUUGUACUUUACUGACGUAAGAUAUGACGAAGGAACCGGCCCUGUACACAUUGAUCAACUGCAUUGUUCUGGUUCUGAAACUUCUCUUGAUAAAUGUCUGUAUGUAAAAAACGGACAAUGCAAUCAAAGCCGAGAUGUGUCCUUGCUAUGCAAUGGCAAGUGA